UCAAAUUUCGCAGGAGAAAGAAUUUAAUAGCAGAAAUUAAGUUCUUCCCCAUCACCCUGAGUAUAGGAUUAGAAGCAGGUGAACUAGCAGAAUCACUAUCCGCACGAGCUAAGAACGUCACUCCAGCAUUAUUGGGAGAGUCCUUCAAAGGAAUAGGAUAUCCAGGGGGCUUGAUGAGUGGGUUUUCAGAACCUGAAGCUGAGUAA